AUGAUGCGAGAAUCGGAUUUGGAUAUUGGAAGCGGUCGGGCAUCUGUUGAUGAAGGCUCUACUGAGAAUAGAUCCUCUAUUGACAUUACACUAAAUGAGCAGGAACGAGGACACACUAUUGAUAAUUACGCACAAUUAGACGCAGCAUCAUCAAAGCCUGUGUUGAAACGAAACCCAUACAUUUCUCUUCUUUUUCACAACAAGAGAUUUCUCAUCAUUUGGAUGGCUGGUGUGUUAUCCGGAAUGGGUAACUACUUUUCUGAAAUUGCUGUUGUCUACGAAAUUGAACACAGAACCAAUAUUGGUUUUGCAACUGGUGCUCUUUUCCUUUCAAUCUUCGCCCCAUCAUGCUUGGCAAUGCCUUUUGCUGGAUUGUGCUCCGACAUUUUUGACAGACGAAAGGUUUUAAUUAUUGCCAAUAUUGUAAGAGCUGUGAUUGCUUUUUGUUUUCUUUUUGCCUUGUUGAUUAAGGACAAUAACCCACUCUUAUUCGGAUUUUAUUACGUGUGUAUGGCCCUAAUGUUCUUUACCAACGCGUUUUAUGAUGCUUCUCGUGGUUGUUUGAUGCCGUUGGUUGUAGAUCACCAUGACCUGGUCGCUUGUAACGCCCUCGAUAGCUUGACCUGGUUGUUCUGUUCUUAUACUGGUGCUGCUAUUGGUGGUCUUAUUACUUCCAUGGCAUCCAAUAUGUGGACUCCUGACAGCCCAUUAACAAAAACAGAAGUAGGACUAGUCACAACCUUUGUACUUAACGGUGUUUUGUUCAUUUUGGCCUUAAUUUUGACCAUUGUUUUGAUGAGAUAUCCAGAGUUGAACCCUCCAAAACCUGCAGACUUUCCAAAGGGAGGAAUUGCUCUUGCUAAACACAGUAUCAAGGAAUUAUACGAAGGAUUUAAACUGUUGCUUGGCGGAAAGGGUUAUCUUUUGAGUUUUACUGUCAUGAAAUUAUUGGGCUCUUUUAUUUGGGCAUCCGUUGAGUUUAUUAAUGUGAAAUUAUCUGAAUUCCCAACGCUAACUUUGAUGGAUAGUCCAGAAAACACAAUGACCAUUGCAUACAGCUUGUUCGGUAUUGGCUCUGGACUUGCUCCUAUGGUUUGUGAAUUGCUACUGGGUAACAGAAUUAGACGUUCUGUGAGAAGUGCAUUCUGGACAAGAUUUGUGAUUUUAGUUUCCUUCUUCAUGUUGGCCGUUGGUUUUGGUAUCAUGACAUUUACUAUUCACGCCUCAAUGUUUAUUGCUGCUAACUUUAUCCUUGGUGCCGCUGGUGGUACCAUGUGGGUGUACAGUAUGGCUUCCAUUGAACAUUUGACACCUAACCACUUCUUGGGACGUAUCACUGCUUUUGAUAUUUGCUUUGGAUUUGGUGCUGGCCAAGCUUUGGGAGUUUUAGUUCCAUCCCCAUUCUUGAAUGACAUUUUUGGCAUUAAGCAGCCACACUUGUUUGCACUUGUCAUGUUCUGUUUGGCUUGGGUAUUGUUCAUUUUCUGGGUUAUUUGGUUCUAUCUCACCAAGAAUAUUCACCAACAUCAUGUUGAGCACGAUGAGCACAAGCAUUAA